UUCCGUCCACAAACCCGAAAGUGAAAGGCAAUUGAAAUGUGUGGAUCUCUUCUUCAGUUCAAUCGCAAGGCCUUUCUUUUCUCCUCCAAACAGGCACUCAGUUUAGCGGAUCCUUACAGUUGUACUAUCACUCGGAGAAUCCCACAUUAGUUUAUUAACAACCACCAAUCAUGUCUUUCGCAAUUAAACUACAUCUUACUCCCUACGUAAACCGUAAUCUCCAAACUACAACCAUUCAAGCAAAGCUCACCAAUUGUUCGACGAAAUUCCGACUGCAACCGAUUUACCACUCAAACCCAUUAAUCCGUUUUGUGGGUAGACCACGGAAAUUCAAAAUGCAGGGUUCUUCAGGUACGGGUCUGUCGAUUAAGAGCUCUUUGAUUGAUCCUGAUGGUGGGGUUUUGGUUGAUUUAGUGGUGCCGGAGAGCGAGAGGGGAUUGAAGUUGAAAGAAGCGGGUUCAAUGCCCACGGUGAGGCUGACCAAGAUCGAUCUCGAGUGGGUCCAUGUGAUUAGUGAAGGAUGGGCGAGCCCUUUGAGAGGGUUCAUGAGGGAGGAUGAGUAUUUGCAGAGUUUGCAUUUCAAUUCUCUGAGAAUGGAGGAUGGUACUGUCGUCAACAUGUCGCUUCCCAUUGUUUUGGCCAUCGAUGAUGAGACCAAAGAGGGAAUUGGGUCGUCAAAGGAUGUUGGGUUGGUUGCUCCCGAUGGAGAUUUGGUUGGCGUUCUUAGAAGCAUUGAGAUAUAUAAGCAUAACAAGGAAGAAAGAACAGCUAGAACGUGGGGAACAACUGCACCCGGCCUGCCGUAUGUUGAGGAGGCUAUCUCUCCAGCUGGCAAUUGGCUCAUUGGUGGUGAUCUGGAAGUGUUAAAGCCCAUUAAAUAUAAUGAUGGGCUUGAUCACUACAGGAUUUCUCCUCAGCAACUCAGAAAGGAAUUUGAUAGGCGUCAGGCUGAUGCAGUUUUUGCAUUCCAGUUAAGGAACCCUGUGCAUAAUGGGCAUGCUUUAUUGAUGAAUGAUACACGCAAACGACUUUUGGAGAUGGGUUACAAGAAUCCAAUCCUGCUGCUUCACCCUUUAGGAGGCUACACGAAGGCUGAUGAUGUGCCUUUAGAUGUUAGAAUGGAGCAACACAGCAAGGUUCUAGAAGAUGGAGUUCUUGAUCCUGAGACAACCAUUGUCGCUAUAUUCCCCUCACCCAUGCAUUAUGCUGGACCAACUGAAGUACAGUGGCAUGCUAAGGCACGGAUAAAUGCCGGUGCCAACUUUUACAUUGUAGGUCGUGAUCCUGCUGGCAUGGGUCACCCAACAGAGAAGAGAGAUUUAUAUAACCCUGAUCAUGGAAAAAAGGUGCUAAGCAUGGCACCUGGCUUGGAGAAGCUAAAUAUUUUGCCAUUUAGGGUGGCAGCAUAUGACAAUGUGGCAAAGAAGAUGGCAUUUUUUGAUCCUUCACGUGCCAAUGAUUUCCUCUUCAUCUCUGGAACAAAGAUGCGCUCUUAUGCCAGAAAUGGUGAGAACCCUCCUGAUGGUUUUAUGUGUCCGAGCGGUUGGGAAGUCCUUGUCAAAUAUUAUGCAAGCUUGCAAGCAGAGGAAGCAAAACAGGAGCCUGCUGUUUUACAAGCUUAGAUCCCAAAUUAUUUAUUCAUCAGUAGAGUUUAGGCUGUGGUUGGUUCAAGUACAAGAAGAAUGAGUGCCAUGCAAUAGCACUAUAUGAAUCCACCUAUUGCUUGCUUCUGCUUCCAAACAUCUGAAACAGAUUUGUGGGCUCUAGUGGUUUGGACCUGCACUGUUAAUUAGGUUAUGUGAUUGUAUUUUUUUUGGUAAUAUUAAAAUUGAAUUUCAAUGUUGUAUCUGAGAUUUUGGAGAUAUACAUAUCCUCUCUUGUAGCA